AGAGACUUAAAGGGCCGGCUCUCUCGGGGGCCGCGGGAUGCCCCCGCGCUGACCGCCGUGGGCCCGAGCCCGCCCGCGUAGACGCGCCGGGCCGACCCCGUGCCACCAUGUAAAACGGCGCUGGAGGCGGACGCUGGCUUCUCCGCCCGGGACCCCUCCGCCCUGCCCCGGGCUACAGGGCCCUCGAUGAGGACACACCAUGCUGACUGGGGUGACCGACGGGAUCUUCUGCUGCCUGCUAGGCGCACCGCCCAACGCAGUGGGGCCGCUGGAGAGCGUCGAGUCCAGUGAUGGCUACACCUUUGUGGAGGUCAAGCCUGGCCGUGUGCUGCGGGUGAAGCAUGCUGGGCCUGCCCCAGCCCCCAACCCACCUCCACCACGGCCAGAUACUGCCCAGGGGGACCAGUCUGGCUUGGUCCGCUGCCAGCGCCGAAUUACCGUGUACCGCAACGGGCGGUUACUGGUGGAGAACCUGGGCCGGGCACCUCGAGCUGACCUCCUGCAUGGGCAGAAUGGCUCCGGGGAGCCGCCGGCCGCCCUAGAGGUGGAGCUGGCCGACCCAGCGGGCAGCGAGGGCCGCUCAGGCUCAGGCGGUGCUGGGAGUGGCAGCGGCGGGCGCCGGCGUCGAGCCCGGCGCCCCAAGCGCACCAUCCACAUUGACUGUGAGAAGCGCAUCACAAGCUGCAAAGGUGCCCAGGCCGACGUGGUGCUCUUUUUCAUCCACGGUGUUGGCGGCUCCCUGGCCAUCUGGAAGGAGCAGCUGGACUUCUUUGUGCGCCUGGGCUAUGAGGUGGUGGCACCCGAUCUGGCCGGUCACGGGGCCAGCUCGGCACCCCAGGUGGCCGCAGCCUACACCUUCUAUGCGCUGGCAGAGGACAUGCGUGCCAUCUUCAAGCGUUAUGCCAAGAAGCGAAACGUGCUCAUUGGGCAUUCCUACGGUGUCUCCUUCUGCACGUUCCUGGCACAUGAGUACCCAGACCUGGUGCACAAGGUGAUCAUGAUCAACGGCGGGGGCCCCACAGCACUGGAACCCAGCUUCUGUUCCAUCUUCAACAUGCCCACGUGCGUCCUGCACUGCUUGUCACCCUGCCUGGCUUGGAGCUUUCUCAAGGCUGGCUUCGCCCGCCAAGGAGCCAAAGAGAAGCAGCUACUGAAGGAGGGCAAUGCAUUCAACGUGUCAUCCUUUGUCCUGCGAGCCAUGAUGAGUGGCCAGUACUGGCCUGAAGGUGACGAGGUCUACCAUGCUGAGCUCACUGUGCCCGUCCUGCUCGUUCACGGCAUGCACGACAAGUUUGUGCCGGUGGAGGAAGACCAGCGCAUGGCCGAGAUCCUGCUGCUGGCUUUCCUGAAGCUCAUUGAUGAAGGCAGCCACAUGGUGAUGCUGGAGUGUCCGGAGACGGUCAACACGCUGCUCCACGAAUUCCUGCUCUGGGAGCCCGAGCCCUCGCCCAAGGCCCUGCCCGAGCCCCUGCCCGCGCCCCCAGAAGAGAAGAAGUAGCCGCUGGGCCGGCCGGGCAUCGCUUGGUAAGCCGAGGAACAGCAGGAGGAAGCCAGGAGCCGCCCCUCGUCCCCAGCGCGGACCACCUGGGCGGGCCGUUCGCUCUAGUGGGCGGAGUCAGGUCAGGGAGACGCCCCCAGGCCGCCUGGGUAGGGCCUGGCAUUCUCGGGAGCCAAGUGGAUACACCGCUCUCCGCUUCCAUCCUGCCGGACCCAUCGGUGUUUUGGGGCCGGAGCCGGAACCCCCGUGGAGGAUGACCUUGUACAGAAGCCCCUGCCCCUCAACGCCACGGCCGAGGCAGGCCCCCCACCCCGCUCUCUGUCUUCCGUGUCAGCCGUGCUUGAUCCUGGGACCCUCCGGGGGCCCCGCCUCAUUGCCCGAGACCCUCCCCACCCCCAUUUCUUGGCGCUGGGAGCUAUUGUUGCCCAAGUGGGGGGGGGGGAGGGGGAGGGGGGCUGGCGCCACCGAACCUGCACAUCUCAACUUGUAACUCAAUAAAAAGAAGUGACAAUCUGA